AUGAGGUUCAGGCUUCCCCACAAGCGCGACGAACUGCCGGUCGACGCGGACAGCCAAAGACCGACAGAUAAUGAAGCCAUUACAGAGAAAGAGGCCGGAGCCCUACCAACAGAGAUCAACGCCAAGGAAGAAAUCCAAGGUGACAUCGUCAACGCGGACUUUCAGCAUGGUGUCCAGGCCGCUCAGGCCAUGACCCAGGUGUGGUCGUUCAGCCAUAUUGUCGCCGCUUAUAUUCUGAUUUGGAUCAUUCAUUUCAUCAUGGCGUUCGCUUCAGGAAUGAUUUCGAACCUUACUCCCUUCGUCACGAGUUCUUUCGCAGAGCAUUCUCUGACGGCUACAACCUCUAUCAUCUCGUCCUUGGCGGCCGGCUUGGUCAAGCUUCCAUAUGCGAAGUUGAUGGAUAUUUGGGGCCGCCCUCAAAGUUUUGCAGUCAUGGUAGGCAGCAUGACUUUGGGCAUGAUCAUGAUGGCCGCGUGCAACAAUGUGGAGACAUACUGCGCCGCUCAGGUCUUCUACCAGAUCGGAUACACGGGGCUUGACUUCACAAUGACCAUCUUCAUCGCGGAUACUUCGAAACUCAAGAACAGAGCCUUCUGGAUCGCAUUCGUCGCUUCUCCCUACAUCGCUACCGUCUGGGCCUAUGGUCCUGCAUCACAGAGCGCGCUCAACACAAUCGGUUUCCGCUGGGGCUUUGGUGUUUGGGCCAUAGUCAUCCCGGUGGUUUCAGCGCCAUUGUUCUUCCUGUUCUACUACAACCAACUCAAAGCCGAGAAGAUGGGCCUAGUACCCAAGCAUGAGUCCAACCGCACCACUCUCCAGUCUAUCGUCCACUACGUGAACGAGUUCGACCUAAUUGGUAUCUUCAUCUUCGCUCUUGGCAUGGCGCUCUUCCUGCUCGCCUUCAACCUCUACACCAAGCAAGCCGAUGAAUGGCGCUCACCACUAAUCAUCUGCUUCCUGAUCUUCGGCGGCCUUCUCAUCAUUGCCUUCAUCCUCUACGAGAAGUACCUCGCCCCUGUAACCUUCAUUCCAUGGGAGCUGCUCAAGGACCGCACUGUCAUCUUCACCUUCACCAUGGCCGGCAGCCUCUACAUCGCCUGGUACAUCUGGGACAACUACUUCUACUCCAUGCUGCUCGUCGUCUACAACCAAGACGUCACCAAAGCCUCCUACAUCAGCAACAUCUACACCGUCGGCUCCUCCUUCUGGUCAAUAGUCAUGGGCAUCGUCAUCCGCUACAACGGCCGUCUAAAGUGGCAAGCCCUCUACUUCGGUGUCCCCGUGACAAUCCUCGGCGUCGCGCUGAUGAUCCACUUCCGCCACGCCGGCGUCGACAUCGGCUACAUCGUCAUGUGCCAGAUCUUCAUCGCCUUUGGCGGCGGCACGCUCGUCAUCUGCGAGCAAAUGACCGUCAUGGCCGUCUCGCGCCAGCAGGACAUCCCCGCCAUCCUCGCGGCAGAAAGCAUGUUCAUCAACAUCGGCUCUGCUGUUGGUUCGUCCAUUGCCGCCGCCAUGUGGACCGGUAUCUUCCCGGCCAAGUUGAAGGAGAACCUUCCUGCCGAUGCCCAGUCUAACCUCGCCACGAUCUACGGAGACGUCACGGCGCAGUACGGGUACCCGGUUGGAAGUCCCGAGCGCGUUGCCAUCAACCUGUCGUACAGUCAGACGCAGCGGCUCAUGCUGAUUACAGCGACUUGUCUGUACUCCAUCACGCUCGUCUCGGUGAUGCUGUGGAAGGACGUUAACGUCAAGAACAUCCACCAGGUAAAGGGCCGCGUUUUCUAA